AUGCUGCUAGCACAAUUUAUGUUGUCUAUAUGUUUACAUGUUUUUUACUAUUUUUGCACUUUAUGUUGUCUAUAUGUUCACAUGUUUUUUUACUAUUUUUGCACUCUAUGUUGUCUAUAUGUUGCACAAUUCACUUUAUGUUGGACAGAAGAGAAACGCAAUUUCGAUCUUCUGUAUGUUUGCACAUAUGGAAAAUUGACAAAUAAAACUGACUUUGACUUUGAUGGUGCCAGCCGAAUUGUACAGCUUGUCAGCCCCCAGUAUGUUGUAUACACAGAUACAGAGUUGGAGCAAUCAAGGAGCACCUUUUUUGAAAAACAGCGUACUGGAGAAGAAGAAGACCAUAUUCUUUCGAAAGAUCUUCGCUGUCGAUUAAUCAGGAAUACAGUAACGAGCAUGAUUGCAAUUAAGAGAGCAGCAGUGGAUGACUUCAACUAUCCAUGCAGCCGGGAACUCACUGUAAUGGCAAAGCGUCUAGUGGAGUACUACCCAAUGCUGCGGGACAGAUCUGCGACCCUAGGAGCUGAGUGUGAAUCUGUGAAGAAGCAGCUUUUGAAAAGGGUCCAGAAUGUGACAACUCCCAAAAAGAAGCAGGGAGCGACUCCUUCAAGAAAACGGCCACGCAGACUUAGCUUUCAGAGAAGCCAGGAGACGUCCACUGAUGACACUGAUGAGUCCACCUCAUCUUCUUUGAUCUUGGAGAGAUCCCCAGAAUUUAGCUGCAGCACCCCAGAGAAUGAACAGUUGGAUGCAUCAGAAACUACUGACAGCCGACAGAACCAGGCGAGACAUCAUAAAACUCUGAUGGACAUGUACAAAACCAAGGCCAAACCCAACAAGAAGGAUGUUUCCCAGCUUCUGGACCUUGAAUUCCAAGCUAGACGGCUGUUCAUUGACAGUGAUGUUAUCAAGGAGCAGGACAGGCAUACGAGGAUUCUGGAAGCAUACCCCUGCUUCAGAGAACUGGAUCAUCUUAUGGAUGAACUUCAGCGGGUCCUUGAUCGAGGGAACUCCAACUUCAUGCAUGGACUGAAGACCCGCUGGGAAACCUUUUUCGAGAAGGCACAGUUUUAUGGGGUUUUCAAAAAGGUCAUGAGGCCUCCGCUGCUGGACAAAGUAAAGCACUCAAUUGCAAUGAUGAAGGCUUUGCCAGAAAUGUUCCCAACACCUGUGGCUCCACCGAAGAAGUUAGGACACGCAAGUGAGGCAGUGCUUCACAUACUUGAGUCUACAGAAGACCCGAACAGCUUUCUUCAGGCAAGACCACUCUUCAACCCUGUCGUCAUUGUCUGCGAAACCAUCUGCAUACUGGCCAUUGGAACCAUGCCUGUGCUGAGCUUUCCAAAAGAGGACAUCUAUGCCAGCCUGAUGCUGAAUUUUUGCAGUGCUUCGACAGGCCCCGGGCUCAGUGCAUGAUGCCAGGGUCCUGAAUAACAGCCCCAUCUCCUAUGAGCAGUCAUACCCUCCACCAGGAUACUGUAUCCUUGGGGAUGGUGGCUACCCCUGCCUGUCCCAACCCAUCUGCCUCAUGACCCCCUUCAGGCAGCCUGUCCGCAACCACCUCCAAGCAUGUUACAACUGCUGCCUGUCAAAGGUGAGGUGUGUUGUGGAGAGGUCCUUCGGGAUACUGAAGACGCGAUGGCGGUCCAUCUUCUUAAAGGCCCUGGAGGUGGAUGUGAGGUGCCAGAGGUCAUUGGAGCCAGAUGCAGAUGUCGGGAGGGCAGCAGAGGACCAGCACCAGCACCUCCAGGAAACGUCUCUGGGGCAGGAAACAGAAAUAGGAUAGCCAUUCAGUGCUCUGUCCCAGACCACGAUUACAUUUAAAUUAAUACAUACACGACAUUAAAAAAACAACACACAACGAUGA